AAUCCGAACGCGCAGAUAACGCUGAAGUGUUCACCGCGCCAGGGGGUAGUGUGCGAAUAGACGAGAUCAUUCACUUUCGUCUUUCGGGGACGGAUCGCGUUGUUCGGCAGUUUGACGUUUAGUUUAGUUACUGUGCGGAUUGUGUGUUGUUAUCGUGCUCCGUGAGGAUGCUGCUGGUAAAGUUUGGGUUGAUUUUGGCCACAUUCCUCACGCUGGUUGGAGUGAGCAGCGGAGGACUUCCUCUGGUGGCCACCACUUGGGCGUUCAAGAACGCAACGCUGCGAGCGUACCAAUCGCUGACGGUGGGCCAGUUCGAUCCGAUCGAUGCCCUUGUGGAGGGCUGCAGUGUUUGCGAGCGGGAACAGUGCGACUUUACGGUCGGUUAUGGAGGCAGCCCGGACGAGAAUGGAGAGACAACGCUGGACGCAAUGCUGAUGGAUGGUACGACGAUGGACAUCGGAGCCGUUGCUGCCCUGCGAGAGGUGAAACAUGCCGCGGCGGUGGCCAAAUACGUCCUGCAGAACACGAAACACACGCUACUGGUGGGAAGCCAGGCCACGGAAUUCGCCCUGAUGAUGGGAUUUAAAAAAGAAUCGCUGCAAACGGACGUGUCGAAGGGAAUGUGGAUGGACUGGAAGAACAAUCAUUGUCAGCCAAACUUUUGGAAGAACGUAAUUCCUUCACCAUCGAUGUCCUGCGGACCAUACGAGCCAGUGUCCGCCAACUCUAUCGACCCCACCGCCAAUGACCGUGUUGCCUACGGAUUCGGUCCGCUCAACCACGACACUAUCAGCAUGAUCAUCGUCAACGCAGACGGUCACGUGGUGGCCGGAUCCUCCACCAACGGGGCGCGUAAUAAAAUCCCGGGCCGUGUCGGUGACUCGCCGAUUCCGGGGGCUGGAGCGUACGCCGAUUCCGAGGUUGGGGGUGCCGUGGCAACUGGCGAUGGGGAUGUGAUGAUGCGCUUUCUGCCAUCGCUGAUCGCCGUCGAAGGAAUGCGCGGUGGGCUCAGUCCAACCGAGGCGAGCCAGAAGGCGAUCGAUCGGAUCGCCAAGUACUACCCUACGUUCGUGGGAGGUGUUGUGGCGACCGCAAAGGAUGGACGGUAUGGGGCAGCCUGUAACGGAAUGGAAGAGUUUCCGGUCUCGAUUGCGGACGGCUCGGACGCGCAGGAAGAGGUGCGGGUCGAGUUUUUCAAAUGUAAGGAUUCGUGUGGUAAUUAAAAACGGAGUUUACUAGGUCACAAUUGGUGGGUGGAGGGGGGGUUGAGAACUCCCAACGGUAUAAAAAGAAAACACUCUCACCACGAUCUUUACCAGUAAUUUAAAAUUAAUCCGUUUAGCGCAACAACAAUAAACGCAACGAGGAUACCUCUCUUCAACCGAUUAGUG